UAUGUCAGCGUAAGCAGAUGUUAGUGUACAAUUUACAAGGAUGGGGGAGCUAUAAAGGCUCCCUAGAGCCACCCACAGGUCAUUUUAAGGCCAAAAAUGCCCCCAAAAUCUGUUUCUAAUUUUACAGAAAUCCUUUGAAAUUUGGCACAGCAUUCAAAAGUACGCGGAAAAAAAAAAAUCUGGUCUUGGGUUUGGCCUCCAACUGCGAAAACAGACUGCUUCUUUUUAACUGCUCUCAUAGAUCCAGUGACCCACACUCCGAAAAGAGGAUUUUCUUUCUUUCAGAAACAUCUGGAAAAAUGAAGCUGUGGCUCAAAAUUGUCCUUGGAGUCGUCACCUGUAUUCUACUUGCUUUGCUCGUGGUCUGUAUUGUUUUACGUCCACCAAGAGUCCAUCAUUCAGAAGGAAGUACAAGAGCCCUCACAUUAAAGGAUGUUUUGAAUGGAACUUUUCAUUAUAAAACUUUUUUUCCAAAUUGGAUUUCAGGACAUGAAUACCUCCGAAAAUCUGCAGAUGAUAACAUUAUAUUGUAUAAUAUUGAAACAGGAGAAACAUCUAUCGUCUUGAGUAAUAGCACCAUGAAGAGUGUAAAUGCUUCAAGUUAUGGAUUAUCAUCUGAUCGGCAGUUUGCAUAUCUAGAAAGUGAUUAUUCAAAGCUUUGGAGAUAUUCCUACACAGCAACAUAUUAUAUUUUUGACCUUAUAAAUGGAGAUUUUACAAGAGAAAAUGAACUUCCUCAUCCAAUUCAGUAUUUAUGCUGGUCACCUGUUGGAAGUAAAUUGGCAUAUGUCUAUCAAAACAAUAUUUAUUUGAAACAAACUCCAAGAGACCCACCUAUUCAAAUAACAUCUACUGGGAAAGACAAUCAAAUUUUUAAUGGAAUUCCUGAUUGGGUCUAUGAAGAGGAAAUGCUUGCUAUAAAAUAUGCUCUCUGGUGGUCUCCAAAUGGAAGGUUUUUAGCAUAUGCAGAAUUUAAUGAUACAGAUAUACCAGUUAUUACAUAUUCUUAUUAUGGUGAUGAACAGUAUCCUAGAACAAUAAAUAUCCCCUACCCAAAGGCUGGGGCUAAAAAUCCUAUUGUCAGGGUAUUUAUUAUUGAUACCACUUAUCCUGAAUAUGUGGGUCCCAGAGAAGUUCCAGUUCCAGAAAUGAUUUCAUCAAGUGACUAUUAUUUUAGUUGGCUCACCUGGGUAACAGAUGAACGAGUAUGUUUGCAAUGGUUAAAACGAGUCCAAAAUGUUACAGUACUGUCUAUAUGUGACUUCAGAGAAAACACACAAAACUGGGAGUGUCCAAAGAGCCGGCAGCACAUUGAAGAAAGCAGAACUGGAUGGGCUGGUGGAUUCUUUGUCUCAGCACCUGUUUUUGCUUAUGACAGCAUUUCAUACUACAAAAUAUUUAGCGAUAAGGACGGUUACAAACACAUUCACUACAUCAAUGACACUGUGGAAAAUGCGAUACAAAUUACAAGUGGCAAAUGGGAGGCCAUAAACAUAUUCAAAGUAACUCAGGAUUCACUGUUCUAUUCUAGUAAUGAAUUUGAAAAUUACCCGGGGAGGAGGAAUAUUUACAGAAUUAGCAUUGGAAGCUAUCCUCCAACAAAACAGUGCCUCACUUGUGUUCUAAGGAAAGAAAGAUGCCAAUACUAUUCAGCAAGUUUCAGCAACUUCGCUAAGUACUAUUCACUUAUGUGCUAUGGCCCUGGUGUUCCUAUUUCCACUUUAUAUGAUGGCUACAGUGGUCAAGAAAUUAAAAUACUUGAAGAAAAUAAAGAUUUAGAGACGGCUCUGCAAGAUAUCCAAAUGCCCAAAGAAGAAAUUAAGAAACUUGAAGUGGAUGGAAUUACUUUGUGGUACAAGAUGCUUCUUCCUCCUCAAUUUGACAGAUCAAAGAAAUAUCCUCUACUAAUUCAAGUGUAUGGUGGUCCUUGCAGUCAGAGUGUGAGACCAUUGUUUGCGGUUAGCUGGAUAACAUACCUAGCAAGUAAAGAAGACAUCAUUGUUGCCUUGGUGGAUGGCAGGGGAACAGCUUUUCAGGGUGAUAAAUUGCUGUAUGCUGUGUAUCGGAAGUUGGGAGUUUAUGAAGUUGAAGAUCAAAUAUCUGCUGUAAAAAAAUUCAUAGAAAUGGGUUUCAUUGAUGAAAAGAGAAUAGCCAUAUGGGGCUGGUCCUAUGGUGGAUAUGUUUCUUCACUGGCCCUUGGAUCUGGAACUGGUCUUUUUAAAUGUGGAAUAGCAGUGGCUCCAGUCUCCAGUUGGGAAUAUUAUGCAUCUAUCUACACUGAGCGCUUCAUGGGUCUUCCCACAAAGUCAGAUAAUCUUGAACACUAUAAAAAUUCAACAGUGAUGGCAAGGGCAGAAUAUUUCAAAAAUGUCGACUAUCUUCUCAUCCAUGGAACAGCAGAUGAUAAUGUACACUUUCAGAACUCAGCACAGAUUGCUAAAGCUCUGGUGAACGCACAAGUGGAUUUCCAAGCAAUGUGGUAUUCGGACCAGAACCAUGGCUUGUCAGGCCUGUCAACUAAUCAUCUCUAUAUUCAUAUGACCCACUUCCUAAAGCAGUGUUUUUCUUUGUCAGACUAAUAGAUGGAAGGGAGAGUGGAAGGAAGAAGAAAAUUCAUGACCAUGUCUUCAAAAUCUUAAUGUAAACUUCUUAACCCCUUUGCCUGUUUCUAUGAGAAUGUCAAGGGUAUGUUCUUGUAGCCACUUCAACGAAUUGUAUUCUAAAGAACGGUUACUGAUUAGGGGCCUGACAUGGUUAAAUUAAAUUGUGUUUACAUAUAUAGUUUAAUACUGAAUGAGAGAAUGGAGUCCCAAGUUUUACUUCAGAUUGAUGAAGGAUUUUGAUAACCUGUUUUUUUUUUUUAGGUCUUAAUACAUGUUCUCUAAAAGAAUAAAUAAAUGUUUGUUGAAUUGAAUUCAAAAUAAAAUGCUAUUCCUGUGUC